AUGUCGGAUCUCAUAACGUCCCCCCUCUUCCCAGUUGAAGGGCUAUCGGCACAGACGCUGAUUAAGCUUCCAAUGAAGCCAAAUGCAGCAUCCGGGUCGGUCAAGUUAUAUAUGAUAUUUGCAGAGCCUCGUCUCUAUUUAUGUGGAUUUACAGAUGACGAAAUAAAAUCGGCAACGCCGGCAGUUCUUCGUGGAUGUUUGUUCAUACGUAUAUUGAAGCCAGUGAAGAUCAAGCAUAUCAGAUUAAAGUUGAUUGGCACGGCCAGGACUGAUUGGCCUGAAGGUAUACCUCCGAAGAAGAUUGAUCACGUGGAGACCAAAACAGUGCUGACGCAUGACUGGGAUUUCUUCAACUAUCAUUGCACCUACCCGGAAACAGAUCGCACUCGAAAGAAUGCAGACUUGUUUGUUCCAAAGUCGGAUAAUUCCGAAGUUGAAAACUUCAGUUUGGAUGCCUUGUCCCCGGUGAGUAGCAGCAGCACCAACGACUUGCGAUCUAUUAAAUCGCCAUCCUCUUUUAUGAGUGCGUUAAUUGGGGAUGGCUUAAGUGCGACCAGAAGCCACUCGAGUAUUUUAAAGCAUAUAUCUACCAACUCUGAGACCGACUUGAAGCCUACCAGUUCACGUUCAAGUGCGUCGAAGUUGGUCAUGUUGACAUCAAAUCACAGUCACAGCAAUGCCGAUAACGAUAACAAAAUCUUUGCUCCUGGCGAUUACAUUUACUCGUUUGAGGAGUUCUUCUCUUCCAAGCUACCAGAGGCCAUGAACUUGACUUUUGGAUCUGUUCGUUACACAAUGGAGGCAUCUGUUGAGAGAAGCGGAGCUUUCAAAUCAAACUUGUACGCCCGACGUGACAUAAGUGUAGUCAGGACCCCAAGUAGUGAAUCGAGUGAAGAGAAUGAGCCUAUUGUGAUUAACAGAGACUGGGAAGACAAGCUUCACUAUGAGAUAGUCAUAUCGUCAAAGCAGGUCAUCUUGAAUUCGUACCUCCCGAUUUCGUUCAAGCUCACGCCUCUUGACAAAAUCAAGGUGCACCGUUUGCGGAUUUAUAUAACGGAGCACUUGGAGUACUAUUGCCACGAUAAGCAUGUCCACCGUGCAGAACCCCAGAGAAAGAUAAUGCUUCUAGAGCACCGGCCACCGGAAGAUGUGGAUAAUCUUCUUGCUGUGGGUGACGAUGAGAUCGGCGGUGUAGAGAUGGACUUCCAGGUUUUCAUUCCCGAGUACUACGCGGAAAGAUUCAGGCUUCAUCCCGAUACUUGCUACGACGAUAUCCAGUCUCAUCAUUGGAUUAAGAUCUGCGUCCGUCUCUCGAAGUCCGAGCCAACGGCCGACAACCCUAACAAAAGGAAGCACUAUGAGCUUUCCAUUGACUCCCCAAUCCAUCUCCUCUCUCCUCACUGUGCACAUGCAAACACCAUGCUACCAUCAUACGAUGAACAGCUAAAGGAGGAUGUGGGCACCAGUUUCCAGCCCGAUGCAUCUGUUGACUUGACUAUGACGCCUCGUCUGGAUAUGAUAUUGGAUUCGAAUCUUUAUCAGCCCAAGGCAACCACUCCUGUGGAAUUGUUAUCGCCUCAGGCAAGACCGUUCUCGCCUAUAGUGUCUCCCCAGUUGAAUGCAAUUAAUCCGGAAUUGCGGGCCACGACUGAGAUGAAACCAAUAGAUUUAAUGAAGACGUUGUCUAUCAAUUCUGUUCCCGGCCGUUCGUCGACGGAACCACCACCUCCAUUUCAGGAAAAGGAUGUUGAUCCACCUCCCUCUUAUGAUGAGGCGGUUCGAACCUCUACUUCGUCAAGUUCCACGAAUUCUUCUUCCGAAGAUAUGACGACUGAGAUCUUGCCCGGGGGAAGAUCAAGAAAGGAAAAAAGCAAGACUCUUCGGCAGAGUGCCAACCAAUCCUCGGCCGACUUGGGUGACAUCAAUAAUAACUUUCAUCUUAAGGUUACUCCAAUUAGGUCAAGGUCUCCUUCGACAUCCCCUUCACCUCAGUUUUCUCAAUACUCGUCCAAAUCCAAGCUUGUCAGUUCGUCCUUCGUUCCCGGUUUCCGUUUCCAGAGUCGCCAUUCCACUUCUCCUUCGCACGCUAUAGAUGCCACCUUGGAGGAAGCCAUGAAUAGCGAGCAAAGCCCUAUGGAUGAGGAUAAUGAUGAUGAGCAUAGACAUGAUCUGAGCUCACCCGAAUCACCAGAAUCACCAUCAACAAUUUUGAACUCCGGACUGGAACCGGACAACAUGUCGCCACCUGUCGAAACUAACACUCGUGACACUCUUUCCCGCUCUUCAACAUCGACAAUAACACACGGGAGACCAAUUCCGGAUAAUUCACACAAGCUUUCGGUGGCAGAGAAUCAGAGCACAGGGAAAUCUGUAAAUUCGAUGCGCACUGUUUCUUCUGCUGGCUCAGUCCAGCCUCCAGAGCCUGAUGAUCUUAUCAUGACUAAACCGUUGUUAGAUGAGCCAUCUAAUACAGAAAACGUCGAGCGUGGAAGUAUUGGUACUCAUGUUUAUGGAAAUGCAGGUAAUCCUAGUAUGUCAUCUCUUCCUAUGAGGAAUGGCUCGAUCGUCACAAACCUCAAUUUUGCCCGGGAUCCUGACAGCUCAAUUGACAUCUCAAGUAUGAUGGGUUCUGCCAUAGAUCAAUCCGAUAAUCCUAUCAAUCCUAUUGGAUUUCAGCUUUCCGAUCGCCCAAACUUCCAAAGUGACAGUUUGUGGAAUCACUUUUCUUUCUCGAACAACUCUUCUGUGGAGGCCAUUUCAUCCCACUCGGGUCGGAAGUCUACAAAUUCCGUAUCCUCUCAAAGUACUCUACAAAAUGGAGGAGGGAAAAAAAAGACCGAGCAUAGAAGUGUUGCAACUUUUGGUGUUCAGACGCCGAACUCUUUGUCCGGGAAUCACGAUGCUAAUUGA